UGACAAUCUAGAGCGUAGAAAGUCUCGUUUCAGUAAGAGCUCAGGAAAAAGCCCAAGCAUGCAGAGCGAGCAGAGCCUGAGCCUCUGCCUGCAAAAGCCGCGCCUUUGCCUGGCCUUCCUGCUCCUCCAUCUCCUAGGCCAGGUCGCUUUGGCUCAGCGCUGCCCUUCGCCGUGCCCGGGCCUGUGCCCCACGGCGCCGCCUUCUUGCGCCCCCGGGGUGCCCGCCGUGCUGGACGGCUGCUCCUGCUGCCUGGUGUGCGCCCGCCAGCGCGGCGAGAGCUGCUCGGAGCUGGAGCCGUGCGAGGAGAGCAGCGGCCUCUACUGCGAUCGCAGCGCCGACCCUCACGCCCAGACUGGGAUCUGCAUGGUGCUAGAAGGAGACAACUGUGUGUUUGACGGGGUCAUUUACCGCAGUGGAGAGACCUUCCAGCCGAGCUGCAAAUACCAGUGCACCUGCAGAGACGGGCAGAUCGGCUGUGUGCCCCGCUGCAAUCACGACCUACUCUUGCCCCGGCCUGACUGCCCAGCUCCAAGAAAAGUUGAGGUGCCCGGGGAGUGCUGUGAAAAGUGGAUCUGCGACCCCGAUGAUGAAGGGGGAUUGGGAGGCCUUGCCCUACCAGCCUACAGACCAGAAGCUACCCUAGGAGUUGAAGUCUCUGACUCGAGUAUCAACUGCAUUGAACAGACCACAGAAUGGAGUGCUUGUUCCAGGAGCUGCGGCAUGGGCUUUUCCACUCGCGUCACCAACAGGAAUCGGCACUGUGAGAUGGUGAAGCAGACUCAGCUCUGCCUGGUGCGGCCUUGCGAACAAGAGCCUGAGCAACCAACAGAUAAGAAAGGAAAAAAGUGCCUCCGCACCAAGAAGUCGCUCAAAGCCAUCCACCUACAGUUCAAGAACUGCACCAGCCUGCACACCUACAAGCCCAGGUUCUGCGGGGUCUGCAGCGAUGGCCGCUGCUGCACCCCCCAUAACACCAAAACCAUCCAGGUGGAGUUCCAGUGCUCCCCCGGGCAAAUCGUCAAGAAACCAGUGAUGGUCAUCGGGACCUGCGCCUGUCACACCAACUGUCCUCAGAACAAGGAGGCCUUCCUCCAGGAGCUGGAGCUCAACACCAGUAAAGGAGAGAUGUAA